AUGGCCAGAAUUGCCCCGGAUUACCGGGAUCUGGCUGCAGCCUCGUCGGCCACCGCUCCUGAGCCCGCAGUUCCUCGGGGGUUGAAGAGGAAACGUCCGAACACCAAGGUGGCCUGCCAGCACUGUCGCCUGCGGAAGUGGGCUUGCGAUGGUGACCGCCCUCAAUGCUCGUCGUGCCUCAAACAUGGUGUCACCUGUGUCUACUCGAGUAUUGACAAGUCGGAAUCGCAUAUCGGCAUCCUUAAAAGAGAAAAUGAUGCCCUGAGACAGCGAUCCGAGCAUCUAGAAGAGCUACUAGAUCUCCUGAAAAACUCGCCAAUGGAUCUGGCCCAGCUGACGUUGUUGAAGCUUAGAUACGCAGAUCCUGACUCGGUGGUUGGGCUGUUGCGCGGUGGCAGCCCCAGGAAUCGUCUUUCUGAACAGAAGACGGCCCAUGCAUAUCUCCCUGAGAUCCAAUCCCAUCUGGAGUUCGCAGAGAUGGUUCAACACCCGGUUGCAUAUCCGAUGCUGGGCAUGGGGACGGAUAAAUUUCCUGUUACGAGUAUGAUGCCAACAUUUCCCCAGGGUCAGAUUCCGCCGCCCCUGAAAAGGGAGCAGAGCAGCUCUGAUAGUCCUAAAAAUGUCCCGGAUCCUCUGUUUAGUGAUGCUUCACCAGCUGUGGGAGCGAUUACUCCCGAAGCAGCUACUAUCGAGCAACAAGACACUCAUCGUCCUAAUAAGAUUCAAAUCCAACUUGGUCCCCAGCCGCCGCCUAGGUAUCCCUUGGACCCCCGACUGGGUGGCUUGAACAUUGAAUUUUGGACGAAUGUUUCUAUAUCUAAUGAGUUUGCGGCCGGGGCGAUCUCCUUAUACCUAGAAACGGAUCAUCCCUUCUUAGGCCUGUUCGAUGCGGAUUUGUUCGUUGAUUCCCUUGUGAGUUGCAGCUUGAGGUUCUGUUCUUCCCUUUUAGUGAAUGCGUUGCUCUCCUAUACCUCUCAAGGAUACAGCUCCAAAGAUCCGUCAGCUCUGAGCAGGAGCUACGAAUUCCAAAGCGAAGCCGAGCACCUAUUGACAGCUGGAAACCUGUCCGAUUCCCUGUCCAACCUAGCUGCCUUGACCCUCCUAUGGAUAGGUCAUAUAUGCCAUGGCUCGGGUAAAGAUGGACUACCCAGUGUGAUUGCCGGGAUCGAAAUGGCCAAGAGAAUGAGGCUGUACGGGGUGUCAGAUACACUGACAACCCACGACUGGCUAUCCGAGCCCACGGAAGACCGGUCAGCGACCGCGCAUACCGCGUGGGGUUGUUUCAACAUGUCAAUGGUACAAACCCUCUACGCUACGUCCGUUGUUACAAAAUACCCGCCUACGGUCCCCAUUCCUGGGGCCUCCGAGGGACAAAUCUCUCCAGCCGACGAUGCAGGGGCGUCCAAGAUUAAGUUUUCAGGCCCUGGGGAUACAUUUCAAUCGUUCUGCAAAUUUUGGAAGACAGCGUCGACUAUAUUGUUGAAAUAUCGUCCUGCCCAGGGUGAACCCAAUGCCACUCUUGAGUUUACGUUGUCGGAAUAUCGCAAGAUUGUGGGUUUAACCGACCUGCUUCCCAAGAAAAUGUCAUACCUUAGCGGUGCUGAAAGCCACGUGUUUGUGUUCCAAGUCUGGUUCCACGGAUUGAUUCUGGAUAUUUUUCGUCCCCACAUCGCGGACAAGGAUCAGCACGGCUUCAGCUAUUUCUCCCGGAGUGCAGCUUUGCCGCAGGCCAUCUUCGCCGCGUCUAUCAGGCAACUAAAACAGAUUAUCCUCGUCUACGGUAACUACCCGGAAUCUUCCUACGAUAUCUGGUGGCAUAUUGCCUUGAUGUACGUCGCCAACGCGGUUGUCAAGGAAAGGGGAGACCCUGAGUGGCGCCCCUAUUUCCUGCUCUGCCUCUACCACUACAAUAUCCUCGCCCGCUGCUUCGGCAUGGUUCAAUGGAUUGUACCUGGACUCCUAACUAUCGCAGUUCAAUCUGGAGCCAUAAGCAGCUCAGAGGCCCAUUACAUGAAGGAAGAGUUUCGUACCAAUCAAAGAGUGAAAAGACCCCAGGGCAGUGGAGCGGGCUUUGUCUUGGAUAUGGAUCGUGCGAUCACAGAUUGGAACGCAGCACAAGCCGACAGCCUCGCUGCCGAGUUUGAGGACCUGAGUUUGUUUAAUGAGUUUACAGAUGGCAUUGUCUAA